AUGCUGAAGAACUGUGCUACAUUCUGUGGGUUGGUUAGGCAUGGCAACCAGGAUUCUGGAAGCAAGAAAGAUGCGCGAGGAUCUCCGAUGUCAAUUGACUUCUCCCAAUCAAGGGAUAUAUCUGUGAGGAUAGUUCAUGCAGGUGGGCAAGAGGAACUAUAUCAAAAUGCUGUUCCUGUAUCCCAUCUGAUGAAUAAAUAUCCAGGGAUGUGUAUUGCACGUCCGGAAGUUUUUACGAAUCCUGAUGAGUCCCUUUUAUGGCCCGAAGAUAGCCUGUUGCCUGGCCAAAAGUAUUACAUUAUCCCAUCCUCUACAGUGGAAAAACUGAAAUAUAGACACAGAAAGAAGCUUAAAUUCAAACAAGCUGCUGAAGGUAGAGAAGAUAUGUCAGAUGCAAGGAUCACUUGGGAUAUAUCUGGAGAAAACUUGGAGGAAUCUGUUAAUUCUGCACAAGAAUUCUAUGUUACCAAGCCUUCCAAGGUACCUAAAGUUCCAAAGGAGAGGGUGUCAAAACAUUCACUGCGAAGGAGUAGAAGGGUAAAGAAGCCUUUUGUACCUCCACUCCCAAGGACAGGAUUGCUGCGGGAAUCAGAGGGCCCUUUCGAGAAGCAUGCUGAUUCAAUAUUACUUAUCCUUUGAGA